CCGCAAACGUCGCCCAUGGGUGCGCCUGCGCGAUGCGCGGGGGCGUGGCUCCAUCUUCCCACGCGAUUGGCCAGCUUCUUCCAGGCACGCGCAGACAGCUCUUUUUACGCCGCCACCCCCGCCCCGCCUUCGCACGGUGCUCUGGGAGUUGUAGUUCAGACCCCUGCCCUAAUACGGGCCGCGGGUCGUCGGCUCGGACAUCUGAGGCCGUCCCGGCCUUCGGCUCUGGGCUCGGAGGAUGGAUCCAGCACCCGGGACCGACGCGGCACCGCUGGCUGGCCUGGUCUGGUCGUCGGCUUCGGCGCCUCCGCCGCGGGGAUUCAGUGCGAUCUCCUGCACCGUGGAAGGGACGCCCGCCAGCUUCGGCAAGAGCUUCGCGCAGAAGUCUGGCUACUUUCUGUGCUUCAGUUCUUUGGGCAGCCUGGAGAGGCCUCUGUGUCCAAGAAGAAACGCAUGUGUGUGAAGCUGGUGCCCCUGGGGGCUGCAGACACAGCUGUGUUUGAUGUCCGGCUGAGUGGGAAGACCAAGACGGUGCCUGGAUAUCUGCGAGUAGGGGACAUGGGAGGCUUUGCCAUUUGGUGCAAGAAGGCCAAGGCCCCACGGCCGGUGCCCAAGCCCCGGGCUCUCAGCCGGGAUAUGCGGGGCCUCUCCCUGGACCCAACUGCCCAGCCCAGCAAGGGCGGCUUUCCCGAGCGGACCCUGUCCAGGGCUGGUUCCCGGGCCUCUACUCUGCGGAGGAGCGAUUCCAUCUACGAGGCCUCCAACCUCUACGGCAUCUCAGCCAUGGAAGGUGUUCCCUUCACGCUGCACCCACGCUUUGAGGGCAAGAGCUGUGGCCCCCUGGCCUUCUCUGCCUUUGCCGACCUGACCAUCAAGUCACUGGCGGAUAUUGAGGAGGAGUAUAACUAUGGCUUUGUGGUGGAGAAGACUGCGGCUGCGCGCCUGCCCCCCAGCGUUUCGUAGCCCUUCAUCAGCCCCAGGGCAGAGCCCCCUGCUGGAUGCCCCGGGACUGGCAGCCACCCCGCCUCACAGCAUCUGGGGAACCUCGGUGGCGGCGCUGGGCAUUUUAGACCCUCAGCCACCCACCCUGAGGAGCGUCAGCCCUGGAGAAGAGAACAGGACCAGUCCGCUUGGUGAUGGGUGAUGGGGUCUCCUGCCCCCACGGGCCCUGCGGGGCAUGGGUGGGGGCUGGACGGAAACCAGUGCCUUCAAGUCAUUUGUGUCGAAACUCUCUGGUGCCCGGAGGCCACCCGGGCAUCCUCCCGGCAAUAAACACGGCCCUGCGCUCGCC